UCUCUCUUCCCCCAACGCCAAUACCUUUGGAAUCACUUCCCAACCCAAACGCUGUCCGUUCUUGUAGUGUUGUAUUCUUCUUCCAUUUUUCCUGACCUACCUUCUUUGUUUAGCUACUUGUAAGUACAAAAUAUAUUAUUUAAUAGUCUGAGUGAAUUACCUAUAACAUUAUACAAAUUCUAAUUGUUGUGUCUAUCUUACCACGUAUUCUUGAUCCACGUAAAUAUUUGAAGGUUUCGAAGUUAUAUCAAGAAUACCAUAAGCGGCUAAAGACCAAACUUUUUUGAGUUUCUUCUCUUUCCCAUAAAUUUGAAAUAUUUUAUUUAUUUAUGCAUAUUAUAUACAGAAAGGUUUCAAAUAAAAUAAUGGAAAAGAAAGGACAAAGGAAUAAAAAAGAAAACAAGUUGACACACUCUCUCUCUUUUAUUAUUCACUUGCCUCUAUAAAUCCAAUCUAGGCCUCCCUCUCAUCUUCUUAUAACUCGUUUCUUCUUUCUCUCCUAUCAAACCAGAUUAAAAAACCUGUGUUUAUUGCUCCCAAAACAUUGGAUAUAUAUUCUCAUAAGUUUAGAAAUUGUUUUUUUUUGUUGGCAAUGAGUUGCAAUGGAUGUAGAGUUCUUCGAAAAGGUUGCAGCGAAACAUGCAUCCUUCGUCCUUGCCUUCAAUGGAUCGAAUCCGCCGAGUCACAAGGCCACGCCACCGUUUUUGUGGCUAAAUUCUUUGGCCGUGCCGGUCUAAUGUCUUUCAUCUCCGCCGUACCUGAAGCAAACCGCCCUGCUUUGUUUCAGUCUUUGUUGUUUGAAGCGUGUGGGAGGACGGUGAAUCCGGUUAACGGAGCGGUUGGUAUGUUAUGGACUGGGAACUGGCACGUGUGCCAAGCGGCUGUUGAAACUGUUCUUCGUGGUGGAACUUUAAGACCUAUGUCAGAUCUACUCGAAUCUCCUUCUUUGAACUCCUCAGAUGAGUCUACCGAGAUCUGGCGGAAGCAGCGUCCAGGCGGUUCCCGGAACGACGAGAACGGUAGAAACCACCAUUACUCAAGAUCCAAGCUUACUACGACGGGGAUGAAGGAGUCUCCUGUCAACCGUAAACGAUCUAAGACCGAGCGGUCUGAUUUGGAACUGAACCACGGGUUAGCUCUAACCGGUCCGGUUGACCCGGCUCCUUUUCUUCCACCGCCGCCGUUCGGUAAGGCUGUUAACAGUGAUCAUCCGGGAAGUCCAUCGGAGGAGUCUGUAACGACGUCGUGUUAUGAAAAUGGAUUCAGCGGCAGCGAUGGAUACAAAAACAAAAAAGAGAAAAAGUUAUUAAACCUUUUUGUUUAAAACCGACGACGCAAACUCUUCGCACCCAGUUUUUUUUUCGACGGUCCUUUUUAGGGUUUUUUUUUUGGUGAAGCCGCAUAAUUAUUGGCUAACAUAAUUAUUUUCUCUAUCGAGAAAUAUGAUAUUUUUGGUGAUAUGAAACCUUCGGCAAUGAGUAUUAUUAAUAAUCUGUUGAGAAUGCUCAA